AUGAACGAGUCUGACCUCUCGAUGUAUUCCUUCGGGGCUCGAGUCGGCUACCAGAUCGUAAUCUGGCCCAUCGUGGUGGUCGGCACAGUCGGUAACCUCUCCGUCCUAUGGCGAGUCAGUUUUGGAAUCGGUAUCAAUUCGCCCCUGAAGCCGAUGUACCGCGGGGUGCUUUUAUCCCUCGCUUUGUCGGAUCUUCUGCUGCUCGCUACUUCCGGUUACAACACUUUGUCAGGCUUUGUUCGUUCCAACAUUCUUUGGACGCUUCCGGAUUGGGCGUGCUCUGUCUUACCGUGCCUCCAGACGACGGCAGCAUUGUCGAGUUCCCUUACUUUGGCAGCAGUUGCUGCCGAUCGGUACCGUGCUAUCAAGCCAACCUAUCCACCACCUACUGGACCAACAUGGCCGAUAGUCGCUCUUCUCGUCUUCUUCAUCUGGGGUAUUUCGAUUGGCGCAACUUACCCCAUUCUCGAACUUUACGCCACCGGUACUCUGAUCGUAUUGACUGACGUCUCGUACUACAGGGCUUCCUUGUGCUUAACAGCGGACCGGUCGAAAGCUGCAGCGACCUACGUGGCUAUGUACGUUGCGAUAUUCCUACCUCUGGCCAUCGCCUUCGUGGGUGUUCACCUACUCCUGGCGUUGAAGAUAUGGCGGCGGCGAAGACGCGGCGACAAAUUGAACCUGGCGAGCAGCAGUGAGUCACAAUUCACCGAAACUUCCACAGCCACAUCGAAUGCAACCAUGACCACACCAGUCACCCUGAGACGACCCAUGUCGUCCCCACCAUUCGCUCACCGGAAUAAGCGAACAGUCAAGGUCGUACUGGCCUUGAUUCUCGUCUUCAUUGUCUGUAGAUUACCGAUGUGGACCUUCGUGGUUAUCAAGCUCUACAUCACCCUCUCGGGGACGAUCUGGUGGCACGUACAAGCGGUCGUCACCACUCUGUCGCUCUUCAACACCGCUGCUAACCCGUUCAUGUACGCUUUUAUCAACGAGGCGUUGUCCACCGUUGCCUGGGUCAGAUCCUGGUGCACCAAAACUGACGAUGCAAAUGUCACGACAGUCAGCCGGGAGAAGAUAAAGAGCAACAUGAGCAGCAUUAAGGUUCCCAGAGGACCCUAUUCUCCGUAAACUUAACUGUUUUAUUUGACAUUAUUUAUGACUGUAGCAAAUUGUUCACCUACUUUUAUCAUAUAUUAAGUAUCAUACAAUGGAUACUCUAAGUCACUGUUUUUUGCCAACAA